UUGCCUUUUAAGUACACUCCCUUUCUUUCCCAAGUUUAACUUCUUCGCAUUCUUCUUCUUCAUCUAAAAAUCCCUUCUCUCUUCUACUUCUUCUUCUUUCGUUCAAUUGGGGACAGAAAAGUGAAUGCUUGAAUGUCAAGAGAAAGGGAAUUACAAGAAGUGGACGAGAUAGGGAAGAAGAUAAAGAGAGAAAUUGAAAGUAGUAAUUUGUUCUAUGAUCCUAAUUUAAUGGGGAGAAGAAAUAAUAACAACAAUAAUAAUUUGAUUUUGAGCAGUAGUAGUAGCAGUCAAAGUAGUGGGAUCAGUAAUUUGAAUACAAUAACACCAUGUGCAGCUUGUAAGCUUCUAAGAAGAAGAUGUGCUCAAGAAUGUCCAUUUUCUCCUUAUUUUUCUCCACAUGAACCACACAAAUUUGCUUCUGUUCAUAAGGUUUUUGGUGCUAGCAACGUUGCUAAGAUGCUAAUGGAAGUACCGGAGAAUCAAAGAGCGGACGCAGCAAAUAGCCUUGUUUAUGAAGCAAAUCUAAGGCUAAGAGAUCCUGUUUACGGUUGCAUGGGAGCCAUCUCUGCUCUUCAACACCAACUUCAUACUUUACAAUCUGACCUCAAUGCCAUUACUACUCAAAUUUUCAAAUACAAAUUUACUCAUCACCCCAUCAAUAUCCCUUCUUCUCCUAAUUUCAUGGCCCCCUCCCCCGCUGCUACCCCGCCUGUUGCCCCGCCAACUCCGCCUCAUUCUCAGCCGCCUCCGCUCUCUCUUCCACCACCUCUUCCUCCUUCCUCCUCCUCCUCCUCCGUCUUUUCCCCUCCCAUUAUUACUACUGCCACUUCUACCACCGUCGUUGAAUUAAUUAACCCUAUUGUCCCAACAAGUACUCAACAUAUCUCCUACUUUGGUUAAACUAAUUAUUAUUCCUAGUGUGUGUUAUUGUUUGAGAUGACUGAUAUAUAUGUUGAGUGAAAAUAGUAAAGUAUUUAUUAUUUUUAUUACUUUUCAUCAUUCUGUUUCUCUCACUUUUUAUUAGCUAAGCUACUAAAAACUUAAUCACCCAAAACACUAGCAAAGUAAUUUCAACAAAAAUGUUACUGUUUCUAAAUUAUGUGUCAAAAACUUACUUUUCAAUGUAACCUUCACAAACCUAUAAUUUCCCUUUUAUUUUGUUUUUGUGUGCUGCAAUUUUAAGAUUAAAAGUUCUGAAAUUGUGAGGAUUUAGAAAAGAAAAAAGAAAGAGUAUAACUAAUUGAUUUUUUUUUUUUUUUUAAUUUGUGGGUGUGGGCUACGAUCUUGUGAUCUUGAAUGAAAUAAGAAGUGGAGUGGUUGUGUUUAGGCCAAAUGCUGACCUGAAAUGAAACCCAAGUCUACAUGGAUGUGAGGUGUGUGAAAUAAAUUGUGUUUGACUUUGACUUGUUAAUAUAUAUGGUGUUUCAGUUGCA